AUGGCACCAACGGUCAAAUAUAUGGGCAUGUACGAUUUCAUUCCCUCAAAAACAACGGCAAUCGUGUUUGGGAUACUGUUCUUCAUAACUACGCUACUACACCUUUUCCAGCUCAUCCGCAAAAGGACAUGGUUCUACAUCCCAUUCUUCAUCGGAUGUCUAUUCGAAGCCAUCGGGUACUUCACGAGAGCCAAAUCCGCAACACAGUAUCCUGAUUACGACCUCGUCCCUCAAGUCCUUCAAUACAUUCUUAUUCUUGUUGCACCUGCUCUACUCGCUGCGAGCAUCUACAUGGAAUUUGGUCGACUGGUCAUAAUGACCGACGGAGACAGGUUUUGCAUCAUUCGCCGAACGUGGCUCACGAAGAUCUUCGUCAUCGGCGAUAUCAUAUCAUUUCUGGCGCAAUUCAGUGGUGGCGCAAUGCUCGCGAACGAUGACACUGCGAGCAAAGGGAAAACUAUCAUGAAAGUCGGCGUCGUUGUCCAACUUCUAUUUUUCGGGCUCUUCCUCGCCACGAUCAUCGUUUUCAACAUGCGACUGUCUAAACAAGGCUCGAGGGCAAGGGACGUCGUACCCUGGAAGAAACAUAUGGUCGCGCUAUACAGCACGGGGAUAUUGAUUCUGAUUCGAUCGAUUUUUCGACUCAUUGAGUUUGUGGAGAGCGCGGAUGGCCCGCUAAGCAGGUACGAGUCGCUUUCGUAUAUAUUCGAUGCGGUUAUAAUCCUUGUAUCGUGUGUGAUAUUGAAUUAUAUUCACCCUGGUGAAAUCAAAGGGUAUCUCAAGGCGGUCCAGUCCCCUAUCGGGGGAUUCGACAUGUUGUUACGGACGGACCCUGCCACAUGA